AUGAAAGGUUGUGACCACGUGGUGUGUGAGGCUUGGGACACAUUCCCAAUGGCAGCAACGUCUGGAAGCCCGCCACCGGGGGUAGUGGAGCUGCGCGAGGAUGUCCCGCUGAAGUCUGGAGGCGGAGACACGCAGCGCUGCGCAGGGCCACGUCUUAUCGCUACCGCCUUUGCUGUGCUAACUGUCGCCAUUACACUUGCUCUGUUGACGCAAAUAUACUACGGAGACUAUGAGGUGGUGCCGCAUGGGUCGGUGUCCACAUCUGUGGGCGCAUGCUCGCGCGGCGGCGCGGCGCUGCUGCGCGCGCGCGGCUCAGCGCUGGAUGCGGCCGCCGCCGCCGCGCUCUGUCUCGCGCUCGCCGCGCCUUACGACACGGCACUUGACGCGAGUGGUGCACUGCUGUACUGGGAGUACAGAAGAGCACAUAACGAGCCACCCACACUGGCGGAGUGGGGGGCGGUGGGGGAUGAUUGGCAGAUGGCAGGUGACAGCAUGCCGGAGGCAGGUGGCAGCUUGCAAGAGGCUGGUGGGAGUGGAAAUGGUACUGUGCCACGGCUGGUGGCAGCGCUGGCAGGCCUGCAUGUACGCUACGGGAUGCUGCCGUGGGCCCAGGUCCUGCAGCCUGCUAUUGACUAUGCCGAAAGCAGUGAGGCGACUACUGCGAGUGGUGCGAUCGAGACGGGUGUGAGUGUGAGCGAGAGGGUGAAGUUGCUGCGCGAGUGGCAGCGUCACACUAGCGCCGAGCUGUGCGCGGCGUGGCGCUGCGCGAGCGCGCUGCGCGUGCGCGCCGCGGCGCCGGUCAGCGCGGGCGCGUGGCGCGCGUACGUGGCGGGCGCGGCAUGGGGCGGCGCGGGGGGCGCGGCACAGCCGCUGCGCCAGGCGCUGCUCGCCAACUCCACUGGGUACUGCGACCACACACUCAGCCCGCUAAACUAA